CUUGCAGUAGAUCCCAAUUUCUCUCUCUGGAGAAACGUGCACUUCGGACGUUCAACAUGGCGUCGUCUUGUUAGUGUACUAGGAAAAUGCUAUUGCUUCCUCUUCUCAACUAGGCCGUAAGCUUAGUAGCUACCAUGAAUAGGAAUAUGAGGGAAUCUCUGGUUGGAGGGAGGAACAUUUCUUCGUCUCUCUCGCACCACCGGAGGGCUCAAACUUUGACCGGAUAUUCCAAAGAUUCCGAUGAGAAUCUGGAUCUAUUCUCCAGGACUCGCCGCAGUCUAUCUGUUGCCUCUUCCGAUGAAUCCUCUGAUGUUUCAGUAAAACUGGGAAGGCUCUCCGUCGGGUCAGCAAAAUUGGCUAGGAGCGGGAUCGAUGAUCUUCUCUCAUCCACUGAUGGAGGAAAGCACGACUAUGACUGGCUUCUCACUCCUCCUGGAACUCCCCUUUUUCCUUCAUCUGACUGUAAUGAAUCUCAACCAACACUGGCAGCUCCGAGAAGCAGUUCUUUAGUCAGAUCACUUUCUACAACGAAGGCUUCAAGGCUUUCAGUUUCACAAUCAGAAAGCAACCAUUUAUCAAGGCCAUCUAGAAGCAGUUCAGUAACCCGUUCUUCUCUAUCUACUUCACAAUAUAGCACCUAUUCGUCAAACAAAGCCUCUUCAAUCCUUAAUACAAGCUCAGCUUCGGUCUCGUCUUACAUGAGACUUUCUUCUCCUAAUAUCCGUUCUACAUCCACUGCAAGACCUUCCACUCCAUCAUCCCGUCCAACAUUAUCACGGCCUUCAACUCCUUCAAGAGCUCGGCCAGUCUCAGCAAUUAGUUCUGUUGACAGGAGUCGACCAUCCCAGAACUCAAGGCCAUCAACUCCAACUUCUAGAUCGCAAAUUCCAGCAAACUUUAAUCCAUCAGCUGCUCGACCAAAUUCUCGUCCUUCAACACCCACUCGUAGGAGUCCAGCACCAUCUCCAUCUGUAACCCCAAGUUCUACAGCUUCAUCUGCACGCUUUUUGUCAAAUGGACGCUCUCCGGGAUCUCGCCCUAGUUCCCCAAGUCCUCGGGUCCGGCCUCCACAGCAGCCAAUUGUUCCCCCCGAUUUUCCUCUGGAUACACCAUCAAACCUUAGAACAACCUUGCCUGACAGGCCAGUUUCUGCUGGGAGGUCCCGCCCUGGUGCUGCUAUCCAAACUAAGGGGAAUGCAGAAACCACAGGCCCUUCAAAUGUGCCAAGAAGACAUUCAUCUCCCAUUGUUGCAAGAGGAAGGCUCACUGAGCCCGUAGGAAAGGGCCGUUUGAAUACCAAUGGUCUUGUCGCUGAUGGAUCUGAGUCCCGUAAGGCCUCACAUGUGUCAGAUUUAGCAACACGUAAAUCUGUAAAAACUUCCUCAAUUGCAUCUGAGAGCACUGGAUUUGGGAGGACAAUCUCCAAAAAAUCACUGGAUAUGGCUAUCAGGCAUAUGGAUAUAAGAAACGGCUCAGCAAGCACUCGUACACUUUCAAGCACUACCCUAUUUCCGCAGAGCAUUCGAUCCACUACUUCCAAAAUCCAAUCUGUCCGCGCUUCGAGUGCUACCGAUUCCACCAAUAGCAACGGAAGCCUGCAUAGUGGAGACAUUUCAGAGAAUGGAAACAAUGUUAGCAGGCCUAUAGAAAAUGGAAGUGAGGCAAAUAUGGGGAGAUACUCGGCAAAAUUGAGUGAAGUGGACAUCUACGAGAGCUCUCGUUAUGAUGCACUGUUGCUGAAAGAGGACUUGAAGAACACAAAUUGGCUGCACGGUAUUGAUGACAAAUCUGACCAAGGACUUAUCUUUGAUAAUGGGUUUGAAUCUCUGCCAGAACCUUUUGAUCUGUUAUAAUACAUUAACACCUGAGAAUUGGGUGGUAUUUUUUUAAAUUAUAUUAUGUGGUCAUCAUUAUUUGGUCACUUUGUGAAAGAAUGGAAUUUGUCAAAGUAUAUUUAACAGA